CGGCGCCGGCAGGAGGAGGAGCUGCAGCCACCGCGGCCACUCGGGCAGGUCGGCGGUUACCACCAGAACCCGCCGACGGCGCGGACUGCUGGUCCCCGCGCGGACGAGGCGCAGGCGGCCCUGGGGCCAUGGAGCCUGGUGACACGGCGCGCCCCGGCCCGGGGCGGGCUGUCCCGGCGCUGCCGCCGCGGCUGCUGCUGCUACCGCUGCUGCCGCUGCUGCUGGGUCGGGGGCUGCGAGCCACCGCCGCGGCCUCCUCCUCUGGGGCGGCGGCCGAGGACAGCAGCGCCAUGGAGGAGCUCGCCACUGAGAAGGAGGCGGAGGAGAGCCACCGGCAAGACAGCGUGAGCCUGCUCACCUUCAUCCUGCUGCUCACACUCACCAUCCUCACCAUCUGGCUCUUCAAGCACCGCCGGGUGCGCUUCCUGCAUGAGACCGGGCUGGCCAUGAUCUAUGGGCUCAUUGUCGGUGUGAUCCUAAGAUAUGGUACCCCUGCCACCAGUGGCCGUGAUAAGUCACUCAGCUGCACUCAGGAAGACAGGGCCUUCAGCACUUUAUUAGUGAAUGUCAGUGGGAAGUUCUUCGAAUACACCCUGAAAGGAGAAAUCAGCCCUGGCAAGAUCAACAAUGUAGAGCAGAAUGACAUGCUGCGCAAGGUAACAUUUGAUCCAGAGGUGUUUUUCAACAUUCUGCUGCCUCCAAUUAUUUUCCAUGCUGGAUACAGUUUAAAGAAGAGACACUUUUUCAGAAAUCUUGGAUCUAUUCUGGCCUAUGCCUUCUUGGGGACUGCUGUUUCCUGCUUCAUUAUUGGAAAUCUCAUGUAUGGUGUGGUGAAGCUCAUGAAGAUUGUGGGACAGCUCUCAGAUAAAUUUUACUACACAGAUUGUCUCUUUUUUGGAGCAAUCAUCUCUGCCACUGACCCAGUGACCGUGCUGGCGAUAUUUAAUGAGUUGCAUGCAGAUGUGGAUCUUUACGCACUUCUAUUCGGAGAGAGUGUCCUAAAUGAUGCUGUUGCCAUCGUACUGUCCUCGUCUAUUGUUGCCUACCAGCCAGCGGGACUGAACACUCACGCCUUUGAUGCUGCUGCCUUUUUUAAGUCAGUUGGAAUUUUUCUAGGUAUAUUUAGUGGCUCUUUUACCAUGGGAGCUGUGACUGGUGUUGUGACCGCUCUAGUGACCAAGUUUACCAAGCUGCACUGCUUCCCCCUGCUGGAGACAGCGCUCUUCUUCCUCAUGUCCUGGAGCACGUUCCUCUUGGCAGAAGCCUGUGGAUUUACAGGUGUUGUAGCCGUCCUUUUCUGUGGAAUCACACAAGCUCAUUACACCUACAACAAUUUGUCAGUAGAAUCAAGAAGUCGAACCAAGCAGCUCUUUGAGGUGUUACACUUCCUGGCAGAGAACUUCAUCUUCUCCUACAUGGGCCUGGCGCUGUUUACUUUCCAGAAGCACGUUUUCAGUCCCAUUUUCAUCAUUGGCGCUUUCGUUGCCAUCUUCCUGGGCAGAGCUGCGCAUAUCUACCCACUCUCCUUCUUUCUCAACUUGGGGAGAAGGCAUAAGAUUGGCUGGAAUUUUCAACACAUGAUGAUGUUUUCAGGCCUCAGAGGAGCAAUGGCGUUUGCUUUGGCCAUCCGCGACACGGCAACCUAUGCUCGCCAGAUGAUGUUCACCACCACGCUCCUCAUCGUCUUCUUCACUGUCUGGGUCAUUGGAGGAGGCACGACGCCCAUGUUGUCAUGGCUUAAUAUAAGAGUUGGUGUCGAGGAGCCCUCUGAAGAGGAUCAGAAUGAACGCCGCUGGCAGUACUUCAGAGUUGGUGUUGACCCAGAUCAAGACCCACCACCCAACAACGACAGCUUUCAAGUCUUACAAGGGGAUGGCCCAGAUUCUGCCACAGGAAACCGGACAAAGCAGGAGAGCGCGUGGAUAUUCAGGCUGUGGUACAGCUUUGACCACAAUUACUUGAAGCCCAUCCUCACACACAGUGGCCCCCCACUAACCACCACUCUUCCUACCUGGUGUGGCUUGCUGGCUCGGUGUCUGACUAGUCCUCAGGUGUACGACAACCAAGAGCCACUGCGAGAGGAAGACUCUGAUUUCAUCCUGACCGAGGGCGACCUCACCUUGACCUACGGAGACAGCACAGUGACUGCGAAUGGCUCCUCAGGCUCCCAUACGGCUUCUACAAGUCUCGAGGGCGGGCGGAGAACAAAGAGCAGCUCCGAGGAAGUGCUGGAGCGAGACCUGGGAAUGGGAGACCAGAAGGUCUCUAGCUGGGGCACCCGCCUCGUGUUUCCUCUGGAGGAUAAUAACUCCUGACUUUCCCCCCAAGACCCCGAAGCGAUGGGGUAGGCUCCCCGUGGGGUGAGGAUGGCUGCAAGCCCCAGUGUUUGAGGUGGGGCAUUGACUGGAUUGAAAUUAACGCUUCUAUUUUAUUGGGGUCUGAAGUUAUUGUAACGCUUAAAAUUUAACCCAAGAUGCAGAUGGCGAGGCAAAGUAUCUAUAAAUUAAGACAAAUGCAGACCUAUUUCCAAUUUUUCACAUAGUGUUUCAGAGUUAAACAAAAAAAAAAAAGCAUGCUUUAAUGGUCUCUUAAUUCAUUCACCUGCAGUAUCUGAACAAGGUGAAGCGGGUGCCGGGGAUUCCUCCCACAGAGGCCGCAUCUCAGUACACAGCAGUGCAAGUCUAGCUGGCUGUAGGAAUAUCAUCAAGUCAGGGGAGAACAGGCUAGAAAAAUGAUCAUGAAGGAAUCAAAAUCAGACCUCCAAGGAUUAUGGGAAAUGGUGUUAAGUGGGACAGAAAACACGAAAAAGCAAUUUGAGUGGAGGCUCUGGCAACAAAGGCAGCAUGACUGCAACCUCAUAUCAGGAUUCCUGACUUUGAUGCUACCUGUGUUUCUUCUAGACUGAAGCUUUGACAAUAUAUCCAUGAACCUUUCAACAUGGAGGAAAGAAUUACAGUUCCUUCUCUGGAAAUCUCCAUAAAGAAGUUACUGAAAUGUUUAAAACCAAAGGCAAAUAGUGUUAUACUGUUGUUUUUAAAUUAAUCUGAGGAAAGGAAGUAUUUAGCAACUGAUGAUGAUAUUACUGCAAAAAGUACUCAACUUCUGAGGGCUACCGUAUGAACUGACUGCCUGGGAAAUGAUUACUAGAACUGAAGCAUCUACUAAGUAGUAGGCUUAGAAAUAACACCAGAAUUUGUAGGAUGCUUUUAUUUGGGAAAGAGAAGGCAGCAAGAAGCCUAAGAGGCAGUAGGCUAGAAUUCAGAGGGAAACAAUCCCCGGUGCAAAAAAUUUAACUGUGAAGAAAACAUAAGAUAGUAGUCUUGAGACUGGGUAGAAUUCCAAACUUUGGGCUGAUGAACGCAUGAGAUUUCAGUGGCCACAUGAGGAAUCAGAGGCAAGUCAGUGGAAUAGUAAGCAUUAUUCAACCUAGUGGAAGGUUCUGUCUUCUGUUGUAAGUUGCAAAUUCCAGGUGUCUUUACAUUGCCGAGUGCCAUGCAGAGAAGGGUCAUUUUCUUAGUGUCUGGGAAGGCUGUUGCACCAGCUUAAUGUGUGGGUGUGGUUUGAAAUUUAGGUUUUUAGUUUGGGUUCUUUCUGGAUGAGCUCUUUUAUCUGCUCAUGCCUAUAGUACUGAAAUACUGAAAGAACUCUUGGAAAAAGUUUGAGUUUCACCCCAUGUCUCUAAGCUUCAGUGCUAGCAUUUUUUUUUUGGCAACCCAGUUUCUAAGAAAUGCUUUCAUAACGUAUGCGUUUUUCUUAUCAUGGCAGACAAAAUAGUGUCCCUGUCUAGUGCACCUGUGGUGAAAUCAGCCACUUAAUCUUCUUAACUCAGAUUUUUAAUGGUUCAUUUUAAAUAAGAUAUUGCUUCACAGCUUUGUGUUUGAGUUGAUCAUUUGUACAAACCUGGAAAAAAAAUCAUUUAAUUAGGUUGAGCCAGGUGAAAUUGCUGCUAUUGAACCAUUUUUUCAAAACGGGAAUGGCAAUUUCAUGUGGUUUUAAUAUAAUUGAAUAAUUUUUAUUUGCCUCUUUCCUUUCUGUGUACAAUAAAGUCCAUUUUGAUUUUAUGGUCAUCCAUGGCCAUAAUAAGUUUUCAAAUAGCUAAAGGAUGUAACUAACCGUGAGGCCCAGGGUUACCUAGGCUAGUAAAGGACUUAAGAAGACCUACACCCCACAGCCAGAGAAAGAGCUUCCUUAGCCCCUGGAAGGGAGGUUCUUAUGUCAUGGGGUCAGGUUGUAGACAGCAGCGGCCAGGCUUGGCAGAAGCCUGGAGAUGUGUGUGAGCUCAGACCCAGAACUAGCACAGGAGUUUUUAUUUAGUAGAGUUAUCUCAGUAAUGACCAGUCAUGCCAUAUACACUUAAAAGGUGAGAUGUGUUUGUGUUUUGCAGAGAUGGAGGGAUAGGCUGGUUGGCUGUUUGUUGGGGCUUUAUAAAGCCUUGCUUAUCUCUCAUGUUGCUUACCUAAUUUUAGAGUGGAAAAGCUAAGAGAAAACACCCUGAUAAUGGCUCUUAAAAAGAGCCAACCAGGUGGGAUACACCCUGUCUCCAUUAACCUCAAGGCUUUGGUUUUCUAGGAAGCUUUCAGCAGAUUAUAUGAAAUUACUCUCUUAGGGAGGAAAAAUAACCACUGAAUUUCCCUUCCUAGUCUUAGGUCAAUCCAUAGAUUAUUGUGUUUUCCCCCAAGGGGUCUUGUAGUCUUUGUUGCAAACAUUUUAUUCUGACCUACUUAAAUAUAAAUAAAUGGAGAUUUGUCAAGACCAAAACUAGAGGAGAGGGCUUCCCAUCAGGGUUUUCCUGUGGGGACGUGAGAGGGGAAACAGGGAGGAAAUCCAAUUAUGGUGUGGCCUCUUCCCCUCAAUUGCUGACUAGGACGAAGGGUAGUUCAAAUGUAAACAAGAUGGGUUUGGGAUGGUUUGUGUAGGGCAAGAAAGAGUCCCACCUAGAAGGCCUACCCAGAGAAGAGAGUACCCGAAACCUAUUUGCAGCAUUUGCCCAGUGACCUACUGCAGCCUUUCUUUGUGGGUUAGGAAGCUGGAAAUCCAGGCUAUUCUUUAUUUCUUCUUUUUGUCACUAACCCCAAGCUGUCAGACAUUUCAAAUCAGAAGUGCUUUCUGGUGUUCUAAGUCCUUAUUUGAUUACAAAUAUUCCAUGGAUCAAAGUAAGUCACUUUGACCGGUGGUCCUAAUUUUUAUUUGCAAGAUGUGGAGAAUAACCCUCACCUUACCAGGGGUCCUGGGAAGGUGAAUCCAUUCGUCAAAAUGGUUUCACAUCUGGAAACAUAAUGCCUACGCUGCGUGGAAAAAAGCAGGGUGCCACAAAGCCCAGACACCAUUCAACACAAGGCCAUCUGUCUGCUUCCAAGCUGGCAUAAAACCAGAUUAAAACUGCUAAGUAAUGGUACAUCCAAUUCAAAGAUCUUCUGAGAGAGCAAACCCAAGUCAUCUUAAACACAUACUUGUUUCAGGUCAAGGGGAUGAGUUUAGCAGAGUCAGAUGUUCUAGAGCAGAGCUUCUUAACCCUGUGGCAUGUUAGGAUCACGUGGCCAGGUUUACUUUAAAAAAUUGGUGCAAGAGCUCUCCCCUCAGAGAUUCAGAUUCAGUAGCUUCAGGUGGGGCCUUGGUGUCCAUGUUUUGUUUUGGAACCUCAGGAAUUCCUAAUAUGCAGCCAGGGUUGAUAGCUUUUAGUCUAGAGCUUAUAGUGGACCCUAUUUGGAAACUUAUUUAAAAGAAUGGCCUAGCAAGUUAAGGUGUGGUUUUUUUUUUCUUUUUAAAUUGUUAGUCACGUGGCACAAACUGAGUUAUUAAUCAAUAAAUACAGACUCGGCAGCUGUGAGAGUUUCAUGCUAUUCUUUGCACAACUCAAGGAUGUGCUCCAGAAAGUGCAAUUUUAAAGAUCAUGUUUGAAAACCUUAGAGCCCUCAAGGAGAGAGAAGGGUGACUUAAGGGUAUGUAUGGGGGGAAUUUAAAACCUGUCAUCUUUGUUCCCAUUUGUGGGGGGGGGAAGGGGGUUUUUGUCUUAACUGAGCUGCUGACUGAUCAAACACGAAGGUUUCUGAGAAGCUGUCUUUUAAAUUUAACCUGGAAUUAAAUUAACAGUCCCCUCUGCAGUCAAACUUUUUCUCUUCUCCUGUCCCCAUGCAUGAAUCCACGUUGGAUUCCUCAGAGUAAGGGUGGGCCCAUUUAUUGCCAGAGCAGAGUGGAAGGUUGUGGUCAUUUUGCUACCAUAUGGUGGUGGUAGUGUCAGUAGCAGGUAAUUAAAGAGAUGCACACUUUUAUAUAGCCCUGACAGAGUAAAGAUUUAACACUCCUGCCAUUCCUUUUAGUACUCUUUUUGGAAACUACCAGGAAACCUAAACUUUCUCUCUUAGAGAAGGAAAUUUGAAAUUUAAAUAAGGCUGCAUUUCUUCCUAGGAAACAAGCACAGGAAGGGCAUAUGGACUCUGACCAUCCCGGGUAGUUACUGGAGUGACCAGACAAAUAAGCAUUGAUGCCUUGGAGCUAAAAAUCACAGUGUGACAUCACAUGUUUCAUCAAGCAAACAGCUAGGAGCUCUUUAGGUUGUGUUCUCUAGACCCGAAAAUGUUCUCUAUGGUUUGAUUGACAAAUGAAAUCUUUUUAGAAAACAUGCAAAACAGUAUCUCAGCUGUCCGUGAACAUUUCAGUGUAGGGCAAAGAAUUAACAGUUCCUUCUAAAAAUGAAGGUCUGUUUCACGUUACCCCUGUCCCCAACUCAUAUCUCCCUGUCUUUGUCUACAGUGGAAAUUGAUCGUGUCAGAUAUUUAAUGUGAACAAGUGAUUUCCAAAUGUAGAAAAGCCACCAAUGCACUUAGGGAACAUUGGCAGCAGGGAAACUGAGCAACUCAUCAGAGGUGAAAGUCAUCCACUUGGAAACCUACCUUGUACAUAUUGUGAGUUCUAAGAGAUGUAUGAGAAAGCCUGAGUUUACCAUCUGCUACAGAAGGUAGUCUGGAAUGAGGGUGCUGGCAAGUCAGCCUGCUGAUCUCGUAAGUACAUGACUUAUUCCACUUCAGAAGUGAGGAACUUGGCAAGCUUCAUGCCUGCCUUUUGAUGUUGAUUAUGUUGAUUACUUAGUGUGGGAACAAGUUUGUCAUGUACAUUAGAUUAGUAUCAUUGAGUUCUGAUCCUUCUUUUGUUCUUUAAGUGAGAAUCUGGCUUGCCACUGUCAGUGGCGACAUUCUGAUACAGUAAAUUGAAGGACUCUACUGUCCAAGAGUUGUAGUUUAGAAACAACCCAUCUGAAUGCUGCUUGCACUACUUUGAUAACCUGGAAAGACCUUCUCCCUUACCAAAACCUGAUAACAUGUAGAGAAAUACUGUAGAAACCAGUGCUAGUAUCUAACCAGGAAAAACAAGUAGACUCGUUGACAAUCCUUUCAAAACAAGACUUAGAAAUAAACCAUUUUUUCUGGUUUCAAUUUUCAUAGACUUUUCUUAAAAUUAACAAACAUCGUGUCACCCAGUGCUAGUAAAAAUUGUAAAGAGCAAAACCAAAGUUUUUGAUGUUACUUUUAUUUUCGUAAGCAGGGUAUACUAUAACCACGGCCCAUAUGGAACACAUGGGCAGCCAGUUUUCUGCUAUCUGAGCCUUGGAGAAGAUGAGAAGGAAGGUCUGCCUGCUGUGCCAUCUUUUGAAAAGGCCUAAAGCAGAAAUGAGAGCAAAGGGAGAGGUCACCUUCUCAUUCUGAGGGCCUUUUAAAAGGCUUAACAGAAUUGCCAAAUGUCAUGGUCAACUCUUGACUCUUGGCCAGUGGAAAAUUGUCUGGGCCUAUGUAUAUAUGUUAGAGAAACUCAGAUAAAUAGAAAAGGACUUGUAAACAGCAUGAAGAACUUGACAUCUGCUAUCCAAAGCACUUAAAGUUACAAUCAGGUGUUACUGGAUGACUAAUUGCAUGGACAUUUAGGGGCUGACUUUUGUUGUGAUUAUUCCAGUUGUGGGCUUUGGAAAAGCAGGGGAAUGAUUUUCAGUUAUGUGGAUGUUAAGUCUGUGGAUCUAGAAUUUACCACUGAAAAUCACUCAUUCAAAGUGUGACUUCAUAGUAGGGCCAGCUCCUCCUAGGUUGUCUUUAUUUUUUACAUAAAAUACAUCUGGUACUUCUUACUUGGGAAGUUUUACUGUGUCCAUUAAAAUGUUUAGAUGGGAAUGCCACCAAGAUUCAUUUAAUAGCUGAAAACCAGUUUUUUAAAUAGAAUAGGAUGACUUUAACAUAGAAUGAUGUAACCUUCUGGGGAACUUUUUAUAGAGAGCUUACAUACUGUAAUUGGGGAGAAUUUUGUCUUCAUAGUAGUAAACUGGUGGUUUUAUAAAAUUAACAUUGUAGUAUGUUAUAUAAAUAAACAUGUUAUAUAAAAUAACA